AUGACAUCAUCUCAUCCCCCUCCCCACAUCACCCCCUUCACCUCCUCACCCCCUCACCUCCUCCCCUCCUCACCCCCUGCCCUCCCUUCCUCACCCCCUUCACCUCCUCACCCCCUCACCUCCUCCCCUCCUCACCCCCUCCCCUUCUGUUGUGAGAGUGGACAGACGGUCCAGGUGGAGGAGGCCGUGGGUCAGUCCAGUCUGCAGGACAUCUUCUCUGUGUGGAAAAGACUGAGUCCUGCGUCUCUGGGAGCAGUGGACAGUGAUGCACACAUGAGUCCAGCAGAGGGCGCUAGUGCAGAGGAGACGGAGCCUGAAGUUCCAGAGGGGAAACUUCCACAGACAGAUGAUUGGGAGGAGGCGGUGGUCCCAACACAACAGACCAGUCCAGACCGAGACCCAGACCCAGGGCUGGACCAGGGACCACAGGAGACGUCCACACAUGAAGCCCCGCCCACUUCGGACCUGACAGCUGAACCAAUCAAUGAACCGCAAGCAGAGCCUGAAGCUCCGCCCACUGCAGGGAGAGAGCGAGACGGAGAGAGCGAGAGCGAGAGAGCGAGACGAGAGAGCGCGAGACGGAUGAGCGAGACGGAGAUGAGCGAGACGAGAGCGAGCGAGAGAGAUGAGCGAGACGGGGAGAGCGAGACGAGAGAUGAGCGAGACGAGAGAGCGAGCGGAGACGAGAGAGAUGAGCGAGACGAGAGAGAUGAGCGAGACGAGAGAGAUGAGCGAGACGGAGAGGAUGAGCGAGACGAGACGGAGAGAGCGAGACGCGAGAGAGAUGAGCGAGACGAGAGAGAGUGA